GAAAGGUCCGUUUCAUAAGUCAUUUUCUGCUGUCGUCAGUUCAAAUGGUUGGGGAAAUCAAAUGUUAUAUGCACUUUUAUUUGAAAGUGAAAAUCUGGAUGCUUGCAGAGUUGAUGUAUAUUUUGAGGAAAUUCUUGACUUG